AUGUCAGGAACAUUCAGCACCGUGAAUAUAAUGGACAGCAUCGGCUUGAAGACAGAUCCCCGGACCAGGGACCUAUUCCCACUCCUAGCUCACCCUCUCUUCGUGUUUCUUUAUAUUGGGUCGUACAUCUACACAGUCAAAUCAGCCGGUCCACGGUGGAUGAAGCCCCGACAACCAUUCCAGAUUCUCAAUGUUGUCCGAAUUUACAACGCCCUCAUGGUUAUCUUCAACGCCCUCUUCUUUUGGAUAGUCCUGAGCAAGACGUACCUUCCUGGGGGCAGGUACAGUAUCAUCUGCCAAGGGCUGUCGAAGACUAUUCCUCCUGAAGACUUCGAGCUGUACAGGAAGGGAAGUUGGUACUUACUCGUAAGGUACGCCGACUUCCUCGAUACCUAUUUCUUCAUCAUGAGGAAGAAGUACAAUCAAGUAUCCAACCUGCACGUCAUCCAUCACGUCGUUGUGGUGUUUAACGGCUGGUUCUGGUUCUUGUACGCUCCCGAAGGACAGGUUGCGCUCGGCCUUUGUAUGAACGCUUUUGUUCACGCAGUUAUGUACACGUACUACUUUUUGUCUACAUUCGGGCCCGUCGUAAAGAGGUAUCUUUGGUGGAAGAAGUAUCUCACAAUGCUCCAGAUUACACAGUUUAUCAUCUAUAUUGUUCAUGUCAGCGUACCCAUUUUUUACGACUGUGGUUAUCCCAAAGUUCUAAGUCUGUUGAGCGCAGCACAGGCGGUUCUGAUACUUGUAUUGUUUAUUCGGUUCUACGAAGGCGCCUAUAUUAAGAAGCAGCAGUAGCCGCAUUCUUAAACGUAAAUACUGGAGACGCAAUGCUCACGAGAUGAG